AUGCUGCAGGCUGUCAGUCUCUCCUCAAAGACUUCUGUGUCCGAAGAGAACUCCAAACUACGUUUGGAUGAAGAAACUGAGUUCGGAGAGAAUCACGCAUUAGAUGGGGAUUCUUUCCGCAACACCUUAAAGAGGUCUCUGUCACCUGAUUCAUUUGAACACAAGAAGUUUAAUAAGGGAGAAAAGUCUUUGGGAAUACUCAAUGGCCGUUGUUACAACCGUCAGAUUUCCAAUCUGGUCGGCCCUCUCACGACGGACGCACAUGACAAUCAGUUCGGCUCCCAACAGGAACAGGAUGACACAUAUAAAUGUACUGAAAAGGAAAAGUCAAGUCUACAAACAGCUAUUUGCGUUUGUUUGCUUACUGUUCUUGGUUUGCUAGCAUUCACGUUCACCGUUGUGACAAAACCCAGCAAUAUGGAUCAAUUUGAAGUUAUCGACAUGGAAGUCAAACCUCUAAUGACAGGUUCUUGGGGCGGCUUUAUUAACUCUGGCGUCACUUGUUAUGUUAACUCGACCCUCCAGUUACUUUUACACAUCGACCCGUUUUUUGAGUGGUUGAAGAAUUCACAGUUUGAUGCGGAGUCGGUUUCCUCUACUGUCAGGGAAUUGUCUAAAUUACACAGAAGUCAACGUACUGUAGAUCCCAAACCGUUACUCUCUUGGCUGAACUAUAUUUCUCCAAAACUACGAAAUGAUACUCAAGAAGACGCCCAUGAGUUUCUGGAUGGCCUUUUGAAAUGUUUCCAGGCGGAAAACCAACACUUGGAUAAAAAUAUUGUGGAAUGCACAUUUGGUUCCAAUCUCACUGUUACAAUUACAUGUGAAGUAUGUACUUACACUUCUUCAGAGAGAAAGGAACUGAAUGUGCAGUACUUUUCUCUCCUUAUAAAUAAAGCAGGUAGUGUGGAAGAUGCAUUACAGCAGUACUUGCAUUCAAGUGGGAUGAAAUCAUACUGCCGUUACUGCAAAAGUGACACUUCUAAAAGGCAAGACACUUCAAUUGAUAAGUCAUCACCCUUUCUAAUACUGCAUCUGAAGAGGUUCAUCAUGGGGGAAAAUUAUGGAUCGUCAAAGUUAUGUAGGAAAAUACAAAUUAACAGAGCUGUAAAUUUUAAUGGGAAGCAAUUUAGGCUGGCAGCUAUUGUCAUGCACCAUGGGACAUCAAUGAACAGUGGCCACUAUACUGCAUUGUGUCGCAGAGAGGAAGAGUGGUGGCAUUACAAUGACCACGAGGCAAAGAUGAUUCUUAUGGAUGAGCAGACAAUGAAGGGUCUGCAGAGUACUGCUUACCUUCUUCUGUAUGAAGAUUUGACUGUCCAGACUGCAGACAAAGAAGUUUACACCCCAGGAAAAAGAGGGACCAAUCGGUGGGUUUCCUCACCCCUGCAGCCAUCAGUGUCACCCAAAGAAACCCCUUCCAAGCAACCUAUCAGAAGUUCUGAAAGGGAGUGCAGUAAACCUCUAGGGAAGGUCAAGAGAAAGUUAGACAUGGAUUCACAACAAAAACACAUUGGGAGUGAUAAUAAAGCUGGCAGUGAACUUACUACAGAGGUACAUUAA